AUGCUGAUAUCAGUAGAAUCAGCAGAAAAGGCAGAGAAGGCAGAGAAGUCCGCGGCGUUAUCUGAACUUGUUAAGAAGACCCGAAACUACGACGCAAAUUUCACAAAGGUCGCGCUUGUAAUACCAAAGAUGCGCUCAGAUGAUCUGAGAUGGCUUCAUGAAUAUCUUCAAACGCAAAACGACAACACUCCGUUUAUUUACACCAUGGACAAGAAACCCGAGACAGAUCUACUCGUCGCACACUCCUCUCGCGGCCGCGAGGCCUCCGCUUAUCUUUCAUUUAUUGUCGACCUAUACGACGAGCUCCCCGCAUACUCGAUUUUUCUCCACUCCAAUCCGGAGCAGUGGCACAAUGAUUUAUUUGGCCCCCAAACAAGCAGCGUUUUGAAAAAUCUGCGCCUCGAAGCUGUGGAUGCGAUGGGGUAUUUGAACCUGCGCUGUACGAAUAACCCAGGCUGUCCGACUCACAUCAACCCCAAUAGCCCCACGCAGGCAGACAUUGACAAUAAUGAUCCUCGUGCAAAAUUUCCAAGCAUAUACAAAGGCGUAUUUGGGGACGACGCGCAAGUUCCGGAACACAUUGGGGGAAUUUGCUGUGCCCAGUUUGCGGUCAGCCGAGCACGCAUCUGGCAGCGACCCAAAAGCGAUUAUAUCCGUAUGCUAAACUGGAUAGACGAGAAGAGUGUACCGCUUGUUGAUGAUUACGGUGUUGGGUGGGUGUUUGAAACUUUGUGGCAUAUUGUGUUCGGUAUGGAAGGGAUCCAUUGUCCCCCUUAUGAACAAUGUCGGUGUGAUAACUACGGAUGGUGUGGGCCUUUGCCAUCGGGUGAGACUCUUACGGCCAUCGCGGCACCACAAAAGAGCCAACUGAAAUACAGAUAUGGGUGA